AUGGAGAACAAGAGUGUGUCCGAAUUCAUCCUGAUGGGCUUUUCCAUUGGCCGUCCAGCAGAUAUCCUUCUUGCCGUCAUCUUUUUGGCCAUGUACGUUGUAACUGUGGUGGGCAACAUGGUCAUCCUCUUCAUUGUGUGGAUGGACAACCGGCUCCACACCCCUAUGUACUUCUUUCUUGGCAACUUCUCUGUGCUUGACAUCUUCUUCACCUCGGCUAUCAGCCCACAGCUGCUAUGGAACCUCUUUUCUGGUGAUAGGUCCAUCUCUUUUGCUGGCUGCAUGACCCAAUCCUAUUUCUACUUCUUCCUUGGCACAGUGGAGUUGAUCCUUCUGACAUCCAUGUCCUAUGACCGUUAUGCCGCCGUAUGCAAACCCCUGCAUUAUCAUGCCAUCAUGAACAGCCAGGUAUGCAUCCAGAUGCUGUUGGGCUCCUGGCUGGGUGGAUUCCUCUCAGUCCUCUUUCCCACCAUCAUGAUCUCCAGGUUGUCAUACUGCAAGUCCAACGUUAUCAAUCAUUUCUUUUGCGACAGUGGCCCUCUGCUGGACCUGUCAUGCAACGACACCCGUUUCAUCGAGCUGCUGGACUUUGUUCUGUCAUCUCUUGUCAUCGUCUGCUCAUUGGUUGUGACAUUGGUUUCCUACAUGUACAUCAUCUCAGCAGUAAUGCGCAUCUCCACCACCACUGGCCGGGCCAAGGCUUUCAACACCUGUGCUACACAUUUGACCAUCAUCUCCAUCUCCUGCAGCAUCAGCAUCUUCAUCUAUGUCACGCCCUCCCAGAAAGAGAGUUUAGAGGUCCACAAGGUGCCCGCCAUUCUCACCACUAUUGUCUGUCCCUUUCUGAACCCUUUCAUCUUCACACUGAAAAAUGACACCGUGAAGCAGGCCCUGAAAGACAUGUACAAGAUGAUGAUUGCUCACAGAGUUUUGGGUUUAUGGAGGAAAAUGGUUAAAUAA